GAAAGUUACGCUUCAAUCGCGAGUUACUUUCAAUACGUGUUGCUAGAGUAAAUGGUAACAUCUGUUAGUACUGUUUGUUAUUAAUAAAAAUAUUACAGCGAAUAAUAAAUUACAUCAUCUUCAAAAUACGAUAUUUAAAAAGGAAACGAUUGACGAUGCUUCGGAAUUGGUCAAAUUUAAAUCGACGCAAUCUUCAAUUGGUUGAAGAUUUGCUAAUCGCUCGAAUGCGACGUAUAAAAGAACGUGUUGUACAGGGAUACCCUCCAGAAGUCUUUCGAGUUUCAAAUCGUAACGUAUACCUAUCACCUACUUGUUGCACGCCGGAACAUAAUAUGCUUAGUAUACUUCAUAGUAAUGUUUGGGAAUCAGACCCAGAACUCUUUGAAUUGAUGAAGAAAGAGAAAAAGAGACAAAAACAUGGCAUUGAAUUAAUUGCUAGUGAAAAUUUUACAUCCCUCAGUGUACUUCAGUGCUUAAGUUCUUGUCUUCAUAAUAAAUACAGUGAAGGUUUACCUGGACAAAGAUAUUAUGGAGGAAAUGAAUAUAUUGAUGAAAUAGAACUGUUAGCACAAAAACGUGCUUUAGAAGCAUUUAAUUUAGAUCCAGAAGAAUGGGGUUGUAAUGUACAGCCAUAUUCAGGGAGCCCAGCUAACUUUGCUGUUUAUACAGGUUUAAUUGAGCCUCAUGGCCGAAUAAUGGGAUUAGAUCUCCCUGAUGGAGGACAUCUUACUCAUGGUUUCUUUAACGUAAACAAGAAAGUUUCUGGAACGUCAAUAUUUUUUGAAUCAAUGCCAUAUAAAGUGGAUCCUGAAACUGGCUUAAUUGAUUAUGAACAGUUAGCUCGUAAUGCAAGGUUAUUUAAGCCAAAAAUUAUAAUAGCGGGUGUGUCCUGCUACAGCCGAUGUUUAGAUUACAAGCGGUUUAGAGAAAUAGCAGAUGAGAAUAGUGCUUAUUUAUUUAGUGACAUGGCUCAUGUAUCAGGACUGGUUGCCACUGGAGUAAUUCCUAGUCCAUUUAAAUACAGUGAUAUUGUAUCAACAACAACUCAUAAAACUUUGAGAGGACCUCGAGCUGGUGUCAUUUUCUUCCGUAAAGGAGUUAGAUAUAUUGGAAAAGAUAAACAAAAAAUUAUGUAUGACAUAGAAGAUAGGAUUAAUAAUGCAGUAUUCCCUGGUCUACAGGGUGGUCCACAUAAUCAUGCAAUUGCAGGCAUUGCUACAGCAAUGAAACAAGUCAAAACUCCAGAAUUUGUUCAAUAUCAAAAACAAAUUGUAGCUAAUGCUAAAAGACUCUGUUCAGGACUUCAAGAACAUGGUUACAAGAUUAGUACAGGUGGCACAGAUGUACAUAUGUUCUUAGUAAAUGUACGGCCUGCAGGUCUUACAGGAGCCAAAGCAGAAAAAAUUUUAGAAGACGUUUCUAUUGCUUGCAAUAAAAAUACUAUACCUGGUGACAAAAGUGCAGUCAAUGUUAGUGGUAUUAGACUUGGCACACCAGCAAUAACUACUCGUGGUUUGGUCGAGGAAGAUAUUGAUAAAGUUACUGAUUUUAUACACAGAGCAUUAUUACUUGGUAAGGAAGUAACGAAAAUUUCUGGGCCCAAAGUUGCUGAUUUCAAGAAUGUACUGAGUACUGACGAAUCUAUAAAACAAAAAGUUGCGGCCUUGAAGGAAGAAAUAGAAACUUUCAGUUCUCAAUUUCCCUUACCUGGCUAUGAAACAUAUUAAUAAUACAACAAAACCUUUUUAUAUUACUUUAAUAUUAUCAAUUAUUUGAUAAGAAUUAUAAAUACAACAUUACAUCUGAUGUAAAAUACGUACUUGUUCCAUAAAAUGAAACAAGCAAAACAAACUAAAACAAAGUGUAAUAUUAAUA